AGUCUCGAUCCUUGCCCUUUCUCUCUCCCUCUCUCUUCCCCCGUCGUCGCUCUCUCUCUCGAUACAAUUCAAUCUCUCAGUCAACAGUGCUCUCUGUUAUGGUGGCGCUGUAAGAACUAAGAAUUGACGUCGGUUGUAGCCGUGCGAAAGCUCGUUCUCUCCCUCGGCUCAAUUUCGUAGAUGUUAGAGUUUGCUCCAAGGCAUGGAGGAGCAAUUCAUACUCAGGGUUCCCCCUUCUGUGGCUGAGCGAAUUGACCGCCUUCUGAGUGAGAAUGCUUCUUCUUCAGAAGACAAAGGAUUGGAUUUGUCAUUUUCUGAGGAUGGUAGGAGUGGCACAUUUGUCAUAGGAAAUGAGCACUUCCCUGCAGCCCUCUUGGAUCUUCCUUGCAUAGUGGAGUCUUACAAAACUUAUGAUGAUAGUGUGCUGAUUAAAACUGCAGAUAUUGGUCAGAUGAUUAUGGUGAGGGAAGAAGGUGAUCCUACUCCUGAUGCAGUGGAGUAUAGACAUGGCCUCACUCCACCAAUGAGAGAUGCGCGGAGGCGAAGGUUUCGUAGGGAACCAGAUCUAAAUCCUGAGCUUGUGAGGCGUGUUGAGAGAGAUUUGCAGAACAUCAUGGCUGGUGGAACUGCAGAGAAUAUAGAUGCGGAAGUGCCUGAACAAGAGGAAGAUGGCGAAGAAAAUGCACGAAGUGCUAGUAAGAAAGCAGCACCCAAGCCUUCAACGAAGCCCGAUGUUCCCGAGGCUGGGGCGACUGGUGGGGAGCCUGAGAGAAGUGACUCUGAAGAGUCUGAUGAUUCAAUAUAGCCCAGAGGUAUAAAAUGAUGUUGCAUUACCUGUAGGCUAAUGCAGAGGUAUAGAUGGUUGAAUGUAGACAUUGUAAGGAUUUUGGUGCAUUCUUUCAAAAAGCAGAAUUAACUUGGAUGAACAUUUGUGUUUGUUGAAUCAGCCAGCUAUGGAAUCUUUAAAAUGCACUCUCUUUCUUGUGUGGCU